AUGACUAUUCUUCACUCCCUGUCUGUUCUUUAUGUGGCAAUACUCUCCUUGAUUGCCUUGGCCACAGCUGAUGAUGCAGCACCCAAACGAGUGGCAGUGAUCGGCGCGGGCGCCGCAGGGGCCUCCACGGCGUACUUCUUGCGAAAACAUGCAGAUGACUCCGAUAUUCCGGUCAACAUCACCGUCUUUGAGCGUGAGUCCCAUGUCGGUGGCCGGUCCACCACGGUCAAUGUCUUCGACGACCCUGUCUAUCCGGUGGAGCUAGGGGCAUCCAUCUUUGUCCAGGUCAAUGAGCAUCUGGUGAAUGCAUCCCGGGACCUGGGACUGUCCGCCCGCAGUGCCGGUCACGCCCGCCCCAGAGAAUCCGUGGACACCAUUGGGAUCUGGGAUGGAGAGCAAUUUGCAUUUAUAUUGCAGGACACUUACAGCUGGUGGAACAUUGGCAAAUUGCUCUGGCGCUACGGAUGGGCACCGGUACGGACACAACGCCUGAUGAAGGCCACGGUGGGCAAGUUCCUGCGACUCUACGAUGAGCCUCUCUUCCCCUUCCGAUCCCUCUCGGCUGCCGCUGAAGCGGUCGGUUUGCUCGACACAACCGCCACUCCUGGGAGCGUGUACCUCGAUCAAAACAGCGUGUCUCCUGAUUUUGCCCGGGAAAUCAUCCAGGCCAGCACGCGUGUAAACUACGGACAGAAUCUUCCCUUGAUCCACGGUCUCGAGGCGAUGGUGUGCAUGGCUACGGAUGGGGCAAUGGCGAUUGAAGGCGGGAACUGGCGCAUUUUUGAUGGAAUGCUCAAGGCUGCAAAGGCGAACUUUCGAUUUAACCACGCCGUAACCUCUAUCGACCGGAAUCAUGAUCACAGCUUGACUGUGACAUUCGAAGCGAACAAUGCCGAACAGAAGCAGACAUUCGAUGAGGUCGUUAUCGCCGGCCCUCUCCAAUAUUCCGAUAUCGCGAUCAACCCGCCCCUCGACAUCGUUCCGGAUGAGAUCCCCUACGUCGAGCUUUAUGUGACGCUAUUCUCGUCUCCACACCGACUCUCGUCCAAGUAUUUUGGUCGAACGGGGCCCGACGACCAGGUCCCGGAGACGGUCUUGACCACACUUCCGGCGGGAACCGACCUCGGUUCAAGCAGAAAAGGCGUAGGCCCAGCCGGUUUCUGGAGCAUCAGCACCCUUCAAACCGCCAAGCCGCCUCGCUCAUCCGCUCACGACGAUCAGGACCACUAUGUUUACAAGAUCUUCUCGCCCGAACAGCCAACGGCCGAGUUCCUGCGAAACAUCCUGGGCUUGGACGCUGACAAUGCAGCCAGCACUGCCAACCAGACCAUUGCUGAUCUUCCCAAGAGCGACGUCAGCUGGUUCCACGAGAAGAUUUGGAACCCUUAUCCGUUCCUCUACCCCCGGGUCACCUUCGAGGACACGGAGUUAUCGUCGAACAUCUGGUACACGGGAGGCAUCGAGAGCUUCAUCUCCACGAUGGAAACCAGCGCUCUGAUGGGUCACAACGUGGCUACGUUGAUCUCGCAGUCAUGGGAAGACCCGAUCGAUGUGGACGUGGGCGAUGAUCCCGUUGUAGGCCAUGAUGACACGGAGCUGUGA